GCUAAUUCAGUCAUCCAAAAGAAUAUAAGGCUGUUGCAAUUCAACCUAAUCAGACUGCCUUCUGCUAGAAGACUCUUAAGGCUUGAAGAUGAAAGACAUUCUAUGUAAUGUUGCUUUCCUACUGCUGUUCGCAUUUUGUGCUAGCAGUAGCAUCACAUGUCAGAAGGGUGAAGACUGUCAACUGAAGGCCAAAUCCGAAUAUGCCCAAAGUUCACCAUCUGCUCACAUUGGAACCUGCUUGGUAAUGGGUGACCCACAUUACCGCACUUUUGACGGUGAUUACUACAACUUCAUGGGCAACUGCACCUACAUAAUUGCCAAGAACUGCCAUGUAGACAGUGAACACCCAGAAUUUGAGGUCACGACCAAGAAUGAACGCAAUGGUAACACACAGAAGACUGUUGUUGCUGUGGUCACUACUGCAGUCUAUGGCAAUAAUAUCACCUUCAUCCGCAAUGAGAAUGGGCUUGUGAAGAUCAAUAACAUGCUUUGGAACCUUCCAAUCUCUUUGAACAAUGGCCGAGUGAAACUCCAGGCAAGUGGCCUCUCGGUUACUAUGCAGACAGAUUUUGGUCUGUCAGUGCAGUACGACUGGGACCAGUUUCUGGUAGUGACUGUUCCAAACAGCUUCAUGGGAAAGAUGUGCGGCAUGUGUGGGAACUUCAAUGGCAAGAAAGAUGACGACCUCACUACGUCCAGUGGUUCUUUGGCGAGCAGUAUUACAGCACUGGGAAAGAGUUGGAGGGUUCCAGGUUUACCAGGGGAUGCUUUCUGUCAUGAUGAGUGUGCGGGACAGUGUCAGAGUUGUGAAGGGGCCUCAUGGUUCCAGCUCAUGAAUGCAAAGUUGUACUGUAGCAUUGUCACAGCUCUCACAAAAGGACCUUUACAAGAAUGCAACAGUGUCAUUGACCCCAGUAUCUUCUACAAUAAUUGCCUGUAUGGCUAUUGUGCUGGCAAAGACAUGACAAACUUCUUAUGCUACGCUACUGAAAUGUACACCGAUGCCUGUGAGCGAGCGGGAAUAAGAGUCUAUAACUGGAGAAGCCUCCUCAAUUGCCCUGCUCCCAAAUGUCCUGAAAACAGUCACUUUGAGUCCUGCGCCUGUCCUGCUACCUGUGAGAAUCCCACUCCAUCUGCUGAAUGCAAAGCUAACUGUGUGGAGGCCUGCGUCUGUAACGAUGGAUACCUGUGGAGUGGAAACAUGUGUGCCCCUAAGCCUCAGUGUGGCUGUAUGUACAGCAGUGGAGGAGAGCAGCACUAUCUACAGGCUGGACAGUCCAUCUGGGCUGAUGACACUUGCAGCAAAAAGUGCACCUGCGACCCAAGCAGUGGUCAAAUUGUGUGUGAGGCUGCUAGUUGCCCAACUGGAUCAGAAUGCAGUGUUGUUAAAGGGAUCAGAGACUGCUAUCCAUUUACUCAAGCAACCUGCAACAUCUACGGCGACCCCCACUACAACACAUUUGAUAACGCCACCUAUGACUUCCAGGGUACCUGCACCUACACCGCCGCUCAGGGCUGCCAUCUAGAGGGAACACAGCUCACUCCGUUUGCAGUUGUAGUGGAGAACGAGAAGUGGGAUGAGAUCCAGCUCACUCCGAACGUCUCAAUGGCCAAAGUGGUUGUGGUGGAGGUUUAUGGCAUGACCUUAGUGCUGCGGAGAAACCAGCUUCAUCAGAUAACAAUUAAUGGUGUCCUGACCAACAUUCCUGUGAGUCUGGACAAUGGAAAAGUGACGGUCCAACAGGAGGGCUAUCAAAAUGUAAUCACUACAGACUUUGGCCUGAGAGUCGCCUACGAUAUGGUUUAUCAUGUUAGCAUCACAGUCCCUGGCAGCUACCAAGGAAAGACGUGUGGACUGUGUGGAAACUACAAUGGUAACAAAACUGAUGAGUUCUUGCUGCCUGAUGGUAAAGAAACCAAAGACAUUAAAACAUUUGGUGCUGCGUGGAAGGUGGCUGUUCCCGGUGUUGUGUGUGACGAUGGCUGUUCUGGAGACUUCUGUCCAAAAUGCCCUGCAGACAAGAAAGCUGUCUUUGAAAAGGACUGCAGCAUCAUUACCAACCCUGAAGGUCCAUUUGCUGCCUGUCACAGUGUAAUUAACCCUGAGUCCUACUUCAGAGAUUGUGUCUACGAUGUCUGUGUUGGCGAUGGAGAUCAUCACAUGCUCUGCCACAGCAUUGCUGCUUACAUGAUUGACUGUCAUGACUUUGGAGUUACUGUUAAGGACUGGAGAACGUCAACAUUUUGUCCUCUGAACUGCCCUGCCAACAGUCACUAUGAAAUCUGCGCUCAGUCAUGUAGCACACCCUGUCCUGGCCUCACUGAAAUCAUCAACUGUGAUGUUCAGGUCUGUGCUGAAGGCUGUAUGUGCGACUCUGGAUUCUUUAACAAUGGGACGGGCUGCAUUAAACCAGAUCAGUGUAGCUGUUAUGAGAACGGACACACCUACAAGAUUGGUCAGUCUGUCAUCACAGAUGAUUGCCAAGAACGUUUGACCUGUCUUCCCUCUGGUAAAGUAAAACAUGAAAGCAUCAAAUGUAAGAGUUAUGAGGCCUGCCAGGUUAAGAAUGGUGUUCGUGGAUGCUACUCAAAACAGUGCCUGUUGGAGGCUGGAGGUUCCUUCACCCUCUUCAGUGGAGAAAGUUGGACCGUCACAUCUAUGGGAGCUUAUGAGUUAGUGAAACUGUGUGAUGGCGCUGCUGUUGCCGAGUGGUUCCGUGUGGUGGUGGAAUUAGAAUCCUGUGGCCAUAACAGUGUUGCAUUUGUGUAUGUCUUCUUUGAGGACACCUUGAUAUCUGUGAACAGCGAACAGGCAACUUGGGUCAAUGGAAAGCCUGUAACUCUACCCCAACAACUAAAGAAUGAGAUUGCAGUGCAGUGGUCCGAUAAUGCAGUCAUCAUUGAAAAGGAAUCUGGAAUUACAGUGUCCUACAGUCUGACACAAGGGGUCACCGUGACUGUGAGUGAAGAAUUGGCAGACAAGGUGUGCGGCGCCUGUGGAAGUGACACCACACCAUUCACUGUCCAGAAUCAAAACCUGCAGAAGUACAUGGCUUCAUGGAGAGCGCUUGACUUUUCAGGGUCUUGUUAA